GCCCGCAUCCAAGCAAAGCUCUCUGUCUUCCCGUCCAUCUAUUUUUGGAUUACAUUGAUUGCCUCCUCUAUACUUUUCAGCGUUUGUGUCCAUUUAGGUUUUUAGAUCAAAUUUUAUUGCCUCACUUCUGUCUGAAGAAGGUCCGUCUGCGGAUUGAGCAACAGCCUCGGCCGACCAUAUUAUAUCGCUUCUUAAUGGAAGACAUCUUUUCUCUCGUUCCGAGGCGCAUUUUCGCUGCUAUAUUGGGCCCGUAUUGCCAUCGACGAAGGAGAGACCCUCAGUGAAUGAAAGAGGGGUGGUAAGACCACCAAGUAGAAAAGCGUGUCAGGCUCUGAUCUUUAGGUUAUCACCGGGAACGGAAGCCGUUUCACCGUUCCCGGUGGCGCGGUGGAUGCCGAUAGUGGGCAGAUCUUUUACAUUCUGAAAGCAGUGGCCACCCAGAAGGAAGAGAAUCAAUGGAUCUCAUCAAAAGAGGGGAUUAACUAGAAGGUUGAAACAGAAGAAAUACACUCUGGCCCUAUUAGAGCUCUUUUUCCUCCCCAAUCAAAGAGCUUUUAUCCUUUAGCCUAGUUGGUCUGUGGAACCAAAUCAGUCAUCAUGGGAACGGUUCUAUCACUCUCUCCGAGCUAUCGUAAAGCUGCUCUCUUUGAGGAUGGUGCAGCCACAGUGGGCCACUACACAGCUGUCCAAAACAGCAAGAAUGCUAAGGAGGCUGCAUCAGCUAAGUCCCUGAAACGGCCUUCUAUUAUUAGCGCAUUGCCAUGGAAACGGAUUGUGGCUGUAUCGGCAAAGAGGAAGGGUUCCAAGAAGCUCCAAACAGAAGUUGGGGAUGGGGGGAAAGGGAGCUCUCCAGAAGGCCAUGGAACCACCAACUCAGCAUCCAACAGCUUAAAGCUAAAGAAGUCUCAAUCCUGCGCUAACCUUACCACAUACUCAUCCAGUCAGGAUCCCUCUGCUACCACCACCACUACCUCCUCCCACCUGCCCACCUCCAAGACCGUUGCAAACGUAGCCGCUGUAGUUGCCAAAAAGAAUUCCCUCACAGGAACUGGAAUCCAGCCUUCCACUGCUGCUGGUACGCCAAAACGGAUCAUUGUCCAGGCUUCCACCAGUGAGCUGAUGCGUAGCCUUGGGGAGUUCCUCUGCCGCCGCUGUUAUAGACUGAAGCGCUUGUCUCCGACAGAUCCCGUGCUGUGGCUGCGCAGCGUGGACCGCUCUCUGCUCCUGCAGGGCUGGCAGGAUCAGGGCUUCAUCACUCCAGCCAAUGUUGUCUUCCUCUACAUGCUGUGCCGGGACGUGGUCUCGUCCGAGGUAGCCUCAGAGCGUGAGCUUCAGGCCUCGCUGCUCACCUGCCUCUACCUUUCCUAUUCCUACAUGGGCAACGAGAUCUCUUAUCCCCUGAAGCCCUUCCUAGUUGAAGCUGAGAAGGAAGCCUUCUGGGAUCGUUGCCUGGAGAUUAUCAACCGGAUGAGUGGCAAGAUGCUUCAAAUCAACACCGACCCCCAUUUCUUCACCCAGGUGUUUGCAGAUCUGAAGAAUGAGAGCAAGAAAGAGGAAGAGAAAACUAAACUUCUCAUAGGCCUUGACCGAUAAGAAGGAUCCGGAAGGGGGCAGUUCUUUGACCCUGUUUUCACCACCUGGUUUUAAAGACCUUGGCUGCCAGGCCCCAGUACCCUCCUCUCUCCCACCAAUCAGUGCUUUCAUCGGCAACAAAGACAGUGAUUCCUUCUCUACAUUCACCUGCCCUGGUCUGACCCAGUCCUGACCAAUCCAGAGACCACAAACACUUCGGUCAGGUGACCAAUGUGGCUCUAUGUACUGACCAAGCUGUUUGACAUGCAUGUGUGCUUUGUAGGUUCCCUAGCAUGCUGCUUUGUGUUGGACACGCCACACCUCAACAUGCAAAAGAAAGCAAGGAGUGGUCAAGCUGAAUGACUGGAAGGUACAUACGUUGAUAUGGCAUCAGGGGGCCAGAGAACGAGUCCUCUAUCAUUAUGAAAAAUGGUGGCUCAGUUUAGAAGUAAUUAUUUAUUGAAAUAACAGGUACUAGCCCUUCAUUUUAAACUUCAAUACCUAAAAGACCUCACGUUUGAAAAUUAAAUCUACAGAAUAAAUUUAGCAUAUAGGCCCUGGCUACACCUCUCUAGAUAUUUCCUUUAAAGCAGAUAUUUUUUUCUCUAGUUUGAAAAAAAAAAAGCGCUUUGCAGCCUGUAGUAUUCUCUAACAAGAUGCUGUAAUGCCUACUAUGGCCCCAGUGGGUGAAAAGGACAAUAAUAUUACAUCGGAAUUCAAAAGCAGAAGAUCUAAAAUUUACAUGAAUAUAUAUAAAGGUGACAUUUUCUUUGCUAAAUUAAAAAAAAAAAGUUUAGCGACAAAACAAUGAGAUAGCAAAGUUUUUUGGAGUAUGCAUUUACCCUUCUGCCACUAGUUGUUUUACAGAGGCCGAUUUUAUAUGCAGCGCCAUCUACUGUUAAAAGGGAGAACCGCGAUGUGUAGCGUGCAGCUAAAGUCUAGUGGGAAACUUAUCAACAAGACUCCCCUCUAGACAUUUAAGGAAAAAAGUUUUCAUUUUACUAUUUUUACUUAAGAACUUGCCAGUUAAACAUGGCUUUUAAGGUUAUAUGGGUCAUUUUUCAGCAAAAUUCUGUGAGUGUUAAGGUCUGACCUAGGUUAAGAAUUCAAAUAAUUGCUAAAUAAACGUAAAGUCGUAUAACUUAUCCAGCUUACAUUUGAAGUCUUACAAAGAGACAGAGGAUGAAAAAAGGACAGAAAUUAUUUCACUCUUGAGAUUUCUAGCACAGACGUGAUUGUGAGUAUGCAAAAAAGUCGGGCACUAUGUCAUAAUUUUUAAAAAUGACCAAACAUUCAGUCCAUGUCGAAAGACCAAAUUCUUUUUUGUUUAAAAAGGAAAGCUUUUCUUAGAAAACAUAUUUUUUAAUAAUCACCAAAAACUCAGGCUGUAUUUAAAGGGGAGGCAUUAGCUGAGAAUAAAAUAUGUGUUUGGCAAAAUAUCUGAUUUGUGUGGAUGGGCCUUUUGUUAAUAUACAUCUAAGUUGUCACAGGACUGUGGGCUAAUUUGUGUUGAAAGUAAAAGGGUAUUUUCCAUUACCCUUAAUGACUUUAAAAUAAUAGUAGUAAAAAUCUCCCACAGAGCCACACAAGACGAGAGAAAUGUUUUCACAUAAUCAUCAUAGAGGCUUAACCAUGAUCAUUUAAUGUAAUCAAGACUAACUGUAGCUAAUAAACUCUUUCCAAUUGUUAAAAAACAUCGGGCCUCUCAUAAAGGUCAGAGAUCUUGUGCCAUAUCAUUAUAAUGACUCAUUUUUAUAUAUAAAACAAUAAAAAAACAAUAAAAAAAUGGAUAAUGAGCCAACUCAGUCUCUGAGUCCUGGACAAGAGACUAAAAAAAACAACUUUUUUUUUUCAUACAUUCUGUAUCAGAGAUGGAGAACGGAAAGAAGGACUUUGAGGCUUGCAAAAUAUGGAAGCUUGUGUUUUUGUUACGCAAUGAACUUGUAUGACCUUUGUUAAACGUAUGCCAACUUAAUAAUUCAAUGUGUCUAUGGAUUUUAUUCAUUUUUGAAGAGGAAUUUGAGAAUUCUGAGUAAUAAACAAAACCACAAUUACAUCUGCGGAUGGUU